AUGGAAUACACGCAGGACUCGAACACUCUAAAAUUGAAAAGAAAAAAUAAUCUGCUUGAAAAUGAGCCUUACAAUAUACAUAAGAGGUGUAAAGAUAGCAGGCCAAACAUAGCAGAAUAUGGUUCUGAUUCUAGUGCCGAGGACUCUUCAGAUGAAGAAAACAGCGGGAUGGAAAUGGAUGUGAAAGCCAAUGAAAAGAAUGGAAAAGAAGAUGAGGACAUGUUUUUGUCAGAUAAUUACAGUCAGAUUGAAAACCAUGAAAAGCCUAAGAAGCCAAAAAUCCAACUUUUGGAUGUUGCGAAAUUCAAGAAAGAAAACCUGGCGGAAUUAAACUCUUCCAUUGAAAACGGUGAAGUUCAGGGGGAGGAGGAAGACGUGAAUAUAGAGCCAUUUAAUAUAGACAAUGAAAUGGAACAUGGCGUAUUUGAUAAGGAUGGCAAUUACAUUGAAACGGAAAGCAAUGGAGAUGAUGAAUUGCAAGACGACGAAGAAUGGAUGAAUAACGUCAUAGAUACGAAAAGGAUAAACCAGUUAAAAAAGAAAGAGGACACAAAGGCUCAAAAUUCAAGAUUUUAUAUGGUACACGAGGCAUUAGUUCUCUUAAAGUUUUUUCUUAUUGACGAUGUAAACACGGUACUACAAUCCUUGGGGAGGUUAAACAAGCUGCGAAAAAUAGCCAUAUCUGAGAACAGCAAAUCGCUAAAAUACAUCAUUUAUGGGAUAGAGCUAUUGUCCGAUUUGAUUAAUAUAUUAGAAAGUAAGGGAUUCAAUGGAAUCUAUGAAUACAACGGCAAGAGAGUUCAGGAAGCCAUAGAGGAAGAACGGCUCGAUAAUUCCUCCAAGGUAGACGACCGAAAGACAAAGUUAUGGAGCUUCAAAUGGUUGAGUAAAUUGGAUCAGAUUCACGGACAGUACACCAACUAUGAAAUGUCGUACUGGCAAAAAACCUACUUCCAAAACAACGUCAUAGUAAAAUUUCACAGCGAACCAGAUCAAGACGAAAACUGGAUACACAUAUCGUGUUUAAACUUUACGUAG